CGAGGCCGCCCCCUCCCCACGACCCCUCUGGGCAUCUCCUCCCCGGCCGGCACUUCGCCCGGGCAGCCGGUGGGCGGCAGGGCGCGCUCGGGAGUGCGAUCCCGGGCCGGCUGUGUGGUACCCACAAUGCCUGAAGAGCCGCCGCCGCCGAAGGUGGGGGCCUGCCGAGCGGCUGCCGCCUCCUCCUCCUCCUCCCCAUCCUUCGCCGCCGCCGCCGCCGCCGCGCUUCCCAGGUAGCAACAUGGCGAGCUCGGCGGCCUGAGGCGGCAGCAGCGCCUCCUUAGCAACCUCCUUCCCGCUCCAGCCUCCCGCAACCGCGCCCUGCCGCUCGGGCCUCCUCCGGCGGAGAGGGGACGGCCGCCCAGCUCGCCAUGGCAGCCUGCGAGCUCUACACCAAGUAUGCAAGGAUUUGGAUCCCGGAUCCCGACGAAGUCUGGAAGUCAGCAGAACUUCUGAAAGAUUAUAAAUCAGGAGACAAAGUCCUCCAUCUCAGACUUGAGGAUGGGAAGGAUCUCCAAUACAAACUUGAUCCUAAAACUAAGGACCUUCCGCCCUUGCGAAACCCGGACAUACUUGUGGGUGAAAAUGACCUGACCGCGCUCAGCUAUCUUCAUGAACCUGCUGUUCUCCAUAACCUCAAAGUUCGAUUUAUAGACUCAAAACUCAUCUAUACAUAUUGCGGCAUCGUUUUAGUGGCCAUAAAUCCUUAUGAGCAGCUGCCCAUCUAUGGCGAAGAUAUCAUCAAUGCGUACAGUGGCCAGAACAUGGGGGAUAUGGACCCGCACAUCUUUGCUGUGGCGGAGGAAGCGAUUUUAAAAAUCAAACUAACUUGUUUCUAUUUCAGAGACGAACGGAACCAGUCAAUCAUCGUGAGCGGGGAAUCUGGAGCCGGCAAGACAGUCUCCGCGAAGUACGCGAUGAGAUAUUUUGCCACCGUCAGUGGAUCUGCCAGCGAAGCUAACGUCGAAGAGAAAGUAUUGGCUUCCAAUCCUAUAAUGGAGUCUAUUGGGAAUGCCAAAACCACGCGGAACGACAACAGUAGCCGUUUUGGGAAGUACAUUGAAAUUGGAUUUGACAAGAGGUAUCGAAUCAUUGGUGCUAACAUGAGAACUUACCUCCUAGAAAAAUCAAGAGUGGUGUUCCAGGCGGAAGAGGAGAGGAACUAUCAUAUCUUCUACCAACUCUGUGCUUCUGCGACUUUGCCUGAAUUUAAGACGUUGCGAUUAGGGGGUGCAAACUAUUUUCAUUACACAAAGCAAGGGGGCAGUCCAGUGAUUGACGGAAUCGACGACGCCAAGGAAAUGCUGAAUACCCGGCGGGCAUGCACGUUGCUAGGUAUCGUCGAUUCCUAUCAGAUGGGAAUUUUCCAGAUCCUCGCUGCUAUUCUUCACCUGGGCAAUGUGGCAUUCACCUCUCGAGACGCUGACAGCUGUACGAUACCACCCAAACACGAACCCCUCAGCAUCUUCUGCGAUCUCAUGGGCGUGGAGUAUGAACAGAUGGCUCACUGGCUUACCCACAGGAAACUGGCCACGGCUACCGAGACCUACAUCAAGCCAAUUUCCAAGCUGCAGGCCGUCAACGCCAGGGACGCUCUCGCAAAGCAUAUCUACGCCAAUCUCUUCAACUGGAUCGUGGAUCACGUGAACAAAGCUCUGCAUUCCACCAUGAAGCAGCAUUCUUUCAUUGGGGUCUUGGACAUCUAUGGGUUUGAAACAUUUGAGAUCAACAGCUUUGAACAGUUUUGUAUCAAUUAUGCCAACGAGAAACUGCAGCAACAAUUCAAUAUGCAUGUCUUUAAACUGGAACAAGAAGAAUACAUGCGGGAACAAAUUCCAUGGACCUUGAUUGAUUUCUAUGAUAAUCAGCCUUGUAUUAACCUGAUAGAGGCCAAACUGGGCGUUUUGGAUUUGCUGGAUGAGGAAUGCAAGAUGCCUAAAGGUUCUGAUAAUAGCUGGGCCCAGAAGUUGUACAAUACGCACUUGAAUAAAACAGCCCUUUUUGAGAAACCCCGACUGUCAAACAAAGCGUUCAUCAUCCAGCACUUUGCAGACAAGGUGGAGUAUCAGUGUGAAGGAUUUUUGGAAAAAAACAAAGAUACCGUCUAUGAAGAACAAAUCAAAGUUCUCAAAUCAAGUAAGCUGAAGAUACUUUCUGAGCUGUUUCAGGACGUGAAGGUCAUCAGUCCCACUUCGGCGACGCCUUCUGGCCGCACGCCAUUGUCUCGAGCGCCUGUUAAACCCACCCAGUCCAAGACAGCCCAAGCAAGCAAGGAACACAAGAAAAGCGUGGGGCAUCAGUUCCGAAAUUCUCUGCAGCUCCUGAUGGAGACCCUCAAUGCCACAACUCCACAUUACGUGCGGUGUAUUAAGCCAAAUGACUUCAAAUUUCCAUUCAUGUUUGAUGAAAAGCGAACCGUGCAACAGCUUAGAGCUUGUGGCGUGCUGGAAACCAUCCGAAUCAGUGCUGCAGGUUUCCCCUCAAGGUGGACGUAUCAAGAAUUCUUCAGCCGGUAUCGUGUCCUGAUGAAACAGAAAGAUGUCCUCGGGGACAGGAAACAGACAUGCAAAAAUGUCUUGGAGAAGCUGAUUCUGGACAAGGAUAAGUACCAGUUUGGGAAGACGAAGAUAUUUUUCCGCGCCGGCCAAGUGGCCUUUUUGGAAAAAAUAAGGUCUGAUAAGCUGAGAGCCGCUUGUGUCCGCAUCCAGAAGACUAUCAGGGGGUGGCUGAUGAGGAAGAAGUAUCUCCGCAUGAGGAAGGCGGCCAUCACCAUUCAGAGAUAUGUCAGAGGAUACCAGGCGCGUUGCCUUGUCACCUUUCUUCGAAGAACCAGAGCCGCCACCAUUAUUCAGAAAUUCCAGCGCAUGUACACCAUUCGCAAGCGGUAUCGUUGCAAGCGAGCAGCCACUGUGGUUCUGCAGUCGUAUUUACGAGGAUACAUUGCUAGGAAGCAGUACCGGAAGAUGCUGCGGGAACACAAGGCUACUGUUAUUCAGAAGCGCGUGCGUGGCUGGCUGGCUCGCUUGCACUACCGCAGGGCUCUGGAGGCAAUUGUCUACCUGCAGUGCUGUUACCGGCGCAUGAUGGCCAAGCGAGAGCUGAAGAAGCUGAAGAUCGAGGCCCGAUCCGUGGAACACUACAAGAAGCUCAAUUUUGGCAUGGAGAACAAGAUCAUGCAGCUUCAGCGUAAAAUUGACGAGCAGAGCAAAGACUCCAAGUCUUUACUUGAGAAGCUAACUCAUCUAGAGGCAACGUACAGUUCCGAGAAGGAAAAGCUCAGGAGUGACGUAGAAAGGCUGAAGAUGAGCGAGGAAGAGGCGAAGAACGCCACCAACCGGGUGCUAAGCCUUCAGGACGAGAUUAGCAAGCUCCAAAAAGAACUGCACCAAACGCAGUCUGAGAAGAAGCUGAUCCAAGAAAAGUCGGAGAUAUACAAACAGGAAACAGAUGUGUUGGUGCUGGAACUGAAAGAGCAGAACAUGCUACUCAAAAAAGAAAAAGACGACCUGAACCAUCGCAUCCAGAACCAAGCCAAAGAGAUGACAGAUGCCAUGGAGAAGAGGCUCCUGGAAGAGACGCAGCAGCUGGAGCUGGACCUGAACGACGAGAGGCUGCGCUACCAGAACCUGCUCAACGAGUUCAGCCGCUUGGAGGAGCGAUACGACGACCUGAAGGACGAAAUGAAGUUGAUGGUGACCAUCUCUAAACCUGGGCACAAGAGAACCGAUUCCACACACAGCAGCAAUGAAUCGGAAUACACCUAUAGCUCCGAGAUCACAGAGGCUGAAGAGUUUCCCAUGAGAAUGGAGGAACCAAGUGAAAAGAAGGCACCUCUGGACAUGUCUUUAUUCCUCAAACUACAAAAACGGGUUUCCGAGCUGGAGCAGGAAAAGCAGUCCAUGCAGGAUGAAUUGGACAGGAAGGAGGAGCAAGUCCUUCGCGCCAAGGCCAAGGAAGAAGAGCGGCCCCAGAUGAGAGGAGCAGAACUGGAAUAUGAAUCUCUUAAGCGCCAGGAGCUUGAAUCAGAAAACAAGAAACUCAAAAAUGAGCUGAACGAGCUGCGGAAGGCGUUGACCGAAAAGAGCCCCCCGGGUGUCACUGCUCCGGGUGCGCCAGCGUACAAGGUCCUCUUGGAACAGAUGACCUCAGUCAGCGAAGAGUUGGAGGUCCGCAAGGAAGAAGUCCUCAUCCUCAGGUCACAGCUGAUGAGCCAAAAAGAGGCCAUUCCAAUCAAGGAUGAUAAGAACACCAUGACAGAUUCCACAAUCCUUUUGGAGGAUGUACAGAAGAUGAAGGACAAGGGAGAGAUCGCCCAAGCGUACAUCGGUCUGAAGGAAACGAACAGGCUCCUAGAAUCUCAAUUGCAGACCCAGAAGAGGAGCCACGACAAUGAGCUGGAAGCCCUCCGGGGCGAGAUACAGAGCCUGAAGGAAGAGAACAACCGCCAGCAGCAGCUGUUGGCACAGAACCUGCAGCUGCCCCCUGAGGCUCGGAUAGAGGCCAGCCUGCAGCAUGAGAUCACCCGCCUGACCAACGAGAACCUGUAUUAUGAGGAGUUAUAUGCAGAUGACCCCAUGAAGUAUCAGUCGUACCGGAUUUCGCUUUACAAACGGAUGAUAGAUUUAAUGGAGCAGCUUGAGAAACAGGAUAAGACCGUUCGCAAGCUGAAAAAGCAGCUCAAAGUCUUUGCCAAAAAGAUUGAUGAACUUGAAGUUGGCCAGAUGGAGAACAUUUCGCCUGGACAAAUAAUCGAUGAGCCGAUCCAUCCCGUUAACAUUCCGCGGAAGGAAAAGGAUUUUCAAGGAAUGUUGGAAUAUAAGAAGGAGGAUGAGCCAAAGCUUGUCAAAAAUCUUAUUUUAGACUUGAAGCCACGCGGGGUGGCAGUCAACCUCAUUCCGGGUCUACCAGCGUAUAUUUUGUUCAUGUGCGUCCGCCACGCUGACUACCUGAACGAUGACCAAAAAGUCAGGUCUUUGCUGACUUCCACAAUUAACGGCAUCAAAAAAAUUCUGAAGAAAAGAGGUGACGAUUUUGAAGCGGUGUCCUUCUGGCUGUCUAACACCUGCCGUUUCCUACACUGUUUGAAGCAGUACAGCGGUGAAGAGGGAUUUAUGAAGCACAACACGCCCCGUCAGAAUGAACACUGCCUCACCAAUUUCGACCUUGCGGAGUACAGACAAGUCCUGAGCGAUUUAGCCAUUCAGAUCUAUCAGCAGCUUGUCAGGGUGUUAGAAAAUAUUCUGCAGCCCAUGAUCGUUUCAGGAAUGCUGGAGCAUGAAACAAUCCAAGGUGUGUCAGGAGUGAAGCCAACUGGCCUCCGAAAGAGGACCUCCAGCAUUGCGGACGAAGGGACGUACACGCUGGACUCCAUCAUCCGGCAGCUGAACACCUUCCACUCAAUCAUGUGUCAACAUGGGAUGGACCCAGAGCUGGUCAAGCAGGUAGUCAAGCAGAUGUUCUACAUAAUCGGAGCUGUGACCCUUAAUAACCUGCUGCUGCGAAAAGAUAUGUGUUCGUGGAGCAAAGGAAUGCAGAUAAGAUACAACGUAAGUCAACUUGAAGAAUGGCUACGGGACAAAAAUCUGAUGACCAGUGGGGCCAAAGAGACGCUGGAGCCCCUGAUUCAGGCUGCCCAGUUGCUGCAGGUGAAAAAGAAGACGGAUGAAGAUGCUGAGGCCAUUUGUUCGAUGUGCAACGCCUUAACUACUGCACAGAUCCUCAAAGUUUUGAAUUUGUAUACUCCAGUUAAUGAAUUUGAAGAAAGAGUGACGGUGUCUUUUAUCCGGACAAUUCAGAUGCGCAUGCGAGACAGGAAAGACUCUCCUCAGCUCUUAACGGACGCGAAGCAUAUUUUCCCCGUUACGUUCCCGUUUAACCCAUCGUCACUCGCGUUAGAAACUAUCCAGAUCCCAGCCAGCUUGGGUCUAGCAUUUCUCACUCGUGUCUGAAUCAAGUGUAUACUUAGUCAUUGAUCAUAAGUUGUUUUUGCCUGUGAUUUUAAAUAACGAAAAUUAGGAUUCUGGGAAACCAUUGGGGGGGAUGGAAAUAUAAUAGUGUAAAUGUCCUAAACUCCAUGGCAGGUCGAGGAUGCUGCCAGGCGGGAAGGCUGAUGGAAAUGUAUAAAUCAUCAUUCACGUACUGAGGCCUAUAUAAAGUUUGUAGAGUUAAACUAUUUUUUUUUCCAGUUCAGAUCAAAUGCUUUUUCUCCUCCGUUGGCUGUAAGCUGGCUCAUAUUUGAACCCGGAGGCGAAGGCAGCCUACGGUCCAGCAGAUUGGGAGAUUAUUUAUUUCUUCUGGGAUCAGAACUGGAUUUGUCUGUGGCUGAUGGGCACGAGGAGUCCAGUUAUUCUUGGAGCCAGCUGGGAAGGCAGCUCUCCAGUUUAGGAAGACUGUCCAGUUUACACCUGGCAAAUUAGAAGUGUACCCCCGCUGUGUUUGAAGUAGCCGCCAGCGCCAGGUACACGUGGUGGAACAGAAGGAGAAAAGCUGCCGGUGUGGACGGCGCAUCUCAUUCCUUGAUGUGAUUCUCACUCUCACUUUGAUAACUUGAGGGGACAUUUUUCACACGUUCAGUUUUAGUUAAUUUAUAUAAUGAGUUUAGUGAAGUAUAUAAGCAUUUAGGGGCAUCUCCGGUAUGAGAUGUUAAGAGACUGGAAAGAAAUAAUAUACACUGGCAGCGGAGGAACACAAUUCACAAGGCAUAUGGCCUGCCAAGCCCCAUUCAACUACACAGGAGUACAGUUGCAUUGCUGAACAAUUCCCAUGUGCAUCUGUGGGGAGUGUACGAUCGGAAUUCGUAGUAGACUGCACCCCAAAGAGGUCAUCUGUCAAACAGCUUCCCCAAUUUAUGUCACCGUGACAUCAAUUGACACAUUUAAAAAAAGUCUUUUUGGCUUGGUACGACGUAGCUGUUCAUUUAGUGAGUACUAUUCCGCAGCGCUAUUUCCAAGUGCUGCUGUGUGUUGUGUUCUUUGAAUUGUGCGAUAAUAAUCUUUAGGCAACAAAAAAAAAUGGAAAAAAAGAAAACAACUUGAAAAAGUCCAGUCUUUUCAAUAGGGUUUUUACGCAAGCGUCAAGAAAUAUCACCAGUUAAUAGGAAACGGUAGCUAAGCACAAAUUACAAACUGUAAGGUGCGUUAAUAAUUGUAUUUAAGGUAUGUUUACUGAAGUAUUCAAGUCUUUGAAUCCAAUGAACAAAACCCAAUCAUGUAAUGUUUUAUUAUUUAUUUAUUAUUAUGGCGUUCAUCCGUUUUUUUCACCUUUUUAAAAAUUUCCAGUGGCAAUAGUGAGGUGCGUGUUUGAAGUAAUACUAUUCAUCUAGGGUAAGAGAAUAUGGCAUAGUCUCAGAUCCAUAGCUGAAGGAGGAAUUCUCCCCCUCCCUCCCCCACAAAUCCCUUAAUUAUCUUGCUACAUAUUUAAUAUUUCAAAUGUAAAGCAAAUCUGACACGGUUACACUUUUUAAAGAAUAUUUUGCUUCUCUUGAUAUUUCACUGGAUGUGACCCAAACAAAGAGAACGCUUGACGUGAAAGAUGUUUGUUAGGAUCUCACACGUUUCUGUUAGUUUCGCCUCACCGUGGAGCUGACGUUUCAAAAUGUCUGUUGGGCCUUAAAGCUCAACGAUUUCCAGGGCUCGUUUUCUUUCUUUUAAAUGUGAUCAGCAAUGAUCAGAGAUACAUAGCAGGAAUGACAUAUUUUGAAAUUUGCCACGUGCAAUAUUUUAAUGUAUUAUAGCAACUGUUCUGUAUAUUUAUUUUAAAACAUAUCUACCGGUAUGUGCUGCGCAGGCCUACUGUUAUGCUGUUCUGGUACCAGACACGAUUUCCCUGCAAAUCCUUGGAAACGACGUUACUGUUGUUUGAGAAGGCCUAGAUGUUCCAGGUUUUACAGAAGGAUAAAUGUACAUGGGUACUGAUAAAAAUAAAGUGAACUUUUAUUA